AUGCCUGCCUCCGUUUAUGAAUCAUUGAAUCUUGGACCUCUUAAAAAUACCGGUAUUGUUAUACAACUUGCUGAUAGGUCUAAUACUUAUCCGAAAGGGGUUAUUGAGGAUGUUUUGGUGCAGGUUAACCAACUCAUAUUUCCGGCGGAUUUCUAUGUUCUUGACAUGAUGGACGAAGAUUCACCAUCGUCUACCCCCUUGCUGUUGAGUAGACCAUUCAUGAGAACCGCAAGAACAAAGAUAGAUGUUUUUAAAAGUGCCCUAACUAUGGAGUUUGAUGAUGAAAUCAUAAGUUUCAAUAUCUUUGAGGCUAUGAUAUAUCCUAGUGACGUGCAUUCCGGUUUUUCAAUUGAUAUUAUUGAUUCUCUAGCUCAACAGAUUUUUGAAUUGAAUGGUGAUGAUGAUUUAGAGAACACCAUAAUGGAGGGUUUAGGUUAUGGAAAAUACAAAGACCUUGAAAGUGAAUUGUCUAUUUGUGAUGAGCUUAAAGAGGCUGCACCUAUUCUUGAGUUGAAACCUCUUCUGGAUCACCUCAAAUACGUAUAUUUAGGUGAUAAGGAAGAGUUGCUGGUGAUCAUUGUCAAAGACCUUACCAAGGUGCAAGAGGAGAAACUUAUUCGAGUGCUAAGAGAGUACAAGUCUGUCAUUGGGUGGAGCAUUGCUGAUAUCAAAGGAAUCAGCCCUUCCACAUGUAUGCACCGAAUACUUCUUGAGAAGGGGGAAAAACCAACAAGAGAGGCUCAACGACGCUUGAACCCUCAGAUGAUGGAGGUAGUCAAGAAAGAAAUCCUGAAGUUGUUGGAUGUCGGGGUUAUCUAUCCCGUAUCUGAUAGCAAAUGGAUUGUAAUAGCUCCGGAAGAUCAAGAAAAGACGACGUUUACGUGUCCCUUUGGCACUUUUGCGUAUAGACGUAUGCCAUUUGGCUUGUGCAAUGCUCCAACCACUUUUCAACGUUGUAUGUGUCACUUUAUGGUGAAUCAUGGGAUUGUACUAGGCCAUGUUAUAUCCUCUAAGGGGUUAGAAGUGGACAAGGCUAAGAUAGAUUUGAUUCAGAACUUACAAUACCCCACAACUGUGAGGGAGAAAGAUGUGGCUUUUGAUUGUGACAAGGAAUGCAAGGAGGCUUUUGACACCUUGAAGGACCUGUUGACUACCGCACCAAUCAUCAAACCAACGGCCUGGAGCAAGCCAUUUGAGUUGAUGUGCGAUGCAAGUGAUUAUGCAGUUGGAGCCAACUCUCAACGGAGCACAAAUCAACUACUCCCUACUGAAAAGAAGCUCUUGGCCAUAAUAUUUGCACUAGAGAAGUUUAGAUCUUACUUGGUGGGUACAAAGGUGGUUGUCUUCUCCGACCAUGCUGCACUACGAUACUUGCUCACAAAGAAGGAUGCUAAGCCAAGGCUCAUAAGGUGGAUACUCCUUCUUCAAGAGUUCAACUUGCAAAUCAAGGACAAGAAGGGCAAUGAGAAUACCGUAACGGAUCAUUUAAGCAGAUUGGUUGUGUCCGAAGAAGCAAUUCCUUUGCAUGAUAGCUUCUCGGAUGAGCAACUCUUUGCGGUUAUUGGCACAACUCCAUGGUACGCUGAUAUUGUUAACUUCUUGGUGACGGGACAAGUCCCUAGUUCCAUGUCUACAUGUCAGAAACACAAGCUCAAGAAGAUUGCCAAGAUAUAUAUAUGGGAUGAACCUUAUUUGUGGAAGCAUUGCUCCGAUCAAAUGAUCCGCAGCCAUUUCGGAGCCAAGAGGACAGCCCUCAAGGUUCUCGAAAGUGGUUUUUAUUGGCCUACAUUGUUUAAGGAAGCAUAUUCAUUUUGUAAGGCUUGUGAUAGGUGUCAAAGGACAUGCAAUCUAGGUGCUAGAAACCAAAUGCCGCAAACACCAAUUCUCGCUGUUGAGAUUUUUGAUGUUUGGGUUGAAAUUUUUAGUCCCAAAACAGGGCUGGUUUCCAAGGUCAACGGCCAUCGUUUGAAACCAUACUAUGAGCAGUUUGUAACGCAGAAUCGGGAUAUGGUCACAUUGAGUGAUCCACUCCCUGUGGAGGAAUAA